AUGGCCGAUCAACUCAACAUGAACAACCUCUCGCUGGGCGAGUCUCAGCACGCUCCCAGACAGAACGGCAACGGUGGCUUCGUUCGCUCCGCCUACAUCCCUCCUCACGCCAGAGGCAGCACUAGAGGUCCUGCCCCCGGCCCUGGACCUGUGCCUCUCGAUGGCGCUCCUCCCAUGAACGGUCACUUCGAUGGCCCUAGACCUGGCUACGGCGCUGGUCGCGGCGGUGGUGGUGCCGGCGGCGGCUGGGGUGGUGCUCCCACCUUCACUCCCAGAGGCGGCAGCAGCGGCUUCGACAGAAACGCCUACGGAAACCCCGCCUCAGGCGGCGGCGGUUCUCAACAAGCCCGUGGCUCCGGCGACGGUCAGUGGAGAGACGGCAAGCACAUUCCCGGACCCGCCAACCCUCGUGUCGAGCGCGAGCUGUUCGGUGUCCCCAACGACCCCAACGUCCAGCACAGCGGUAUCAACUUCGAGAAGUACGACGACAUCCCCGUCGAGGCUAGCGGUCAAGGUGUCCCCGACCCUGUUACCACCUUUGCCAACCCUCCUCUCGAUGACCACCUCAUCACCAACAUCGAGCUCUCUGGCUACAAGGUCCCUACCCCCGUCCAGAAGUACUCUAUCCCCAUCGUCAUGGGUGGCCGUGAUUUGAUGGCUUGUGCCCAGACUGGUUCCGGAAAGACCGGUGGUUUCCUCUUCCCCAUCCUCUCGCAGGCAUUCCAGAACGGUCCCACCGCUGCUCCCAUGCAAACCGGCAUGGCCCGCCAGCGCAAGGCCUACCCUACCUCGCUCAUUCUCGCCCCCACUCGUGAGCUUGUUUCCCAGAUCUACGAUGAGGCCCGCAAGUUCGCCUACCGUUCAUGGGUCCGCCCCUGCGUCGUUUACGGUGGUGCCGAUAUUGGACAGCAACUCCGUCAGAUCGAACGCGGCUGCGAUCUCCUUGUCGCUACUCCCGGUCGUCUUGUUGACCUCAUAGAACGUGGUCGCAUCUCGCUCCAGAACAUCAAGUACCUUGUUCUCGACGAGGCUGACCGCAUGUUGGACAUGGGUUUCGAGCCCCAGAUCCGCCGUAUCGUUGAGGGUGAGGACAUGCCUCCUACCACUGGCCGCCAGACUCUCAUGUUCUCGGCCACCUUCCCCCGUGACAUUCAGUUGCUGGCCCGUGACUUCCUCAAGGAGUAUAUCUUCCUCUCUGUCGGUCGUGUCGGUUCCACCUCCGAGAACAUCACCCAGAAGAUUGAGUACGUCGAGGACGUUGACAAGCGCUCCGUUCUGCUCGACAUUCUCCACACCCACGGCGCUGGUCUUACCUUGAUCUUCGUCGAGACCAAGCGUAUGGCCGAUUCGCUCUCCGACUUCCUCAUCAACCAGGGCUUCCCUGCCACCUCGAUUCACGGUGAUCGUACCCAGCGCGAGCGCGAGCGUGCUCUCGAGAUGUUCCGCUCUGCUCGUUGCCCCAUUCUCGUCGCCACCGCUGUCGCAGCCCGUGGUCUCGAUAUCCCCAACGUCAAGCACGUCGUCAACUACGAUCUUCCCACCGACAUUGACGACUACGUCCACCGUAUCGGUCGUACUGGUCGUGCCGGAAACACUGGUGUCGCCACUGCUUUCUUCAACCGCGGCAAUAGAGGUGUCGUUCGUGACCUUCUCGAGCUUCUCAAGGAAGCCAACCAGGAGGUUCCCGCUUUCCUCGAGACUGUCGCUCGUGAGGGCACUGGCUUUGGCGGCGGCCGUGGCGGCCGCGGAGGCGGUGGUCGUGGCCGUGGUGCUACUGCCACUCGCGAUGUCCGUAGCUUCGGCGGCGGUUCUCGUCCCGCAUACGCUGGAUCCCAGUGGGGUGGCAGCGGCGGUGGUGGCUUCGGCGGCGCUUCUGGCGGUGCUGGUGGCUACGGUGGCGGCAUGGGCGGUGGUGCUGGCUACGGCGGUGGUAUGGGUGGUGGCGGUAGCUACGGCAACCCCUCCGGUCCUUCGGGCCCUGGCGCCAACUCUUGGUGGUAG